AUGGCUCAGGCCCUCCCCAUCAAAUUCCAGGAGCUGCUGCAGCUCAGCGCCCUUGGCAUCAACCAGACCGCCAUCACCUUCAACACCUGUACCCUAGAAUCGGAUAACUGGGUGUGUAUCCGCGACAAGAAGGACGAGGCCGCGUCCCCUGAAGUCAUCAUCGUCGAUCUCAAGAACGGCAACAAUGUUAUCCGACGUCCCAUCAAGGCCGACAGUGCCAUAAUGCACUGGUCGCGCCAAGUAAUUGCCCUCAAGGCUCAAGCGCGCACCCUCCAGAUCUUCGACCUCGAAAACAAGGCCAAGCUCAAGUCGACAAACAUGAGCGAGGAUGUCUUGUUUUGGAAGUGGAUUAGCGAGACCACGCUUGGUUUGAUCACAGAUGGCUCUGUCUACCACUGGGAUGUCUUCGACCCGAACCAGCCCGCUCCGGUCAAGGUCUUCGAUCGUAAUGCUAAUCUCCAGGGCAACCAAAUAAUUAAUUAUCGGACCAGCGCCGACGGAAAGUGGAUGGUUGUUGUCGGUAUCUCACAACAGCAGGGCCGCGUUGUCGGCGCUAUGCAGCUUUACUCCAAAGACCGCGGUAUCAGCCAGGCCAUUGAGGGUCACGCCGCCGCUUUUGGCACUCUCCGGCUAGAGGGCGCUCCAGAGGACACCAAGGUGUUUACCUUUGCGGUCCGUACCGCCGUCGGCGCAAAGCUUCACAUUGUCGAGGUCGACCACCCCGAAACAAACCCCGUCUUCCCCAAGAAGGCCGUGGACGUCUUCUUCCCUCCCGAGGCGAGCAAUGACUUCCCCGUCGCCAUCCAGGUUUCGCAAAAGUACGGCAUCAUCUACCUUAUCACCAAGUACGGCUUCAUCCAUCUCUACGACCUCGAAACCGCCACAUGCAUCUUCAUGAACCGCAUCUCCAGCGAUACCAUUUUCACCGCUUGCGGUGACAAGGAUUCGACCGGUGUCAUUGGCAUCAACCGCAAGGGACAGGUUCUCUUCGUCAGCGCUGAUGAGAACACGAUCGUGCCCUACGUCCUCGAGGCACACGGUAACGAGCUCGCGAUCAAGCUGGCUUCUCGUGCAGGGCUCCCCGGUGCCGAUAACCUCUACCAGCAACGCUUUGAGCAGCUCUUCAGCAAUGGUAACUACCAGGAGGCCGCCAAGGUAGCUGCCAACUCUCCUCGGGGUUUCCUUCGCACUCCUCAGACCAUCGAGCGCUUCAAGCGUCUUCCCCAGCAGCCCGGUCAGAUGUCGCAUAUUCUGCAGUACUUUGGCAUGCUUUUGGACAAGGGUUCGUUGAACGAGCACGAGACUAUUGAGCUUGCCAUGCCCGUCCUUGCCCAGAACCGCAAGCAGCUGUUGCAGAAGUGGCUCAGCGAGAACAAGCUCGAGUGCUCCGAGAGGCUCGGUGACAUGGUCCGCCCUCAUGAUAUCAACAUGGCGCUUGCCAUCUACCUGAAGGCCAACGCUCCCCAUAAGGUCGUCGCUGGAUUCGCCGAGACCGGCCAGUUUGAGAAGAUCCUUCCCUACUGCAGUCAAGCCAACUACCAGCCUGACUUCAUUCAGCUGCUCCAGCAUAUUGUCCGUGUUAAUGCCGAGAAAGGUGCUGAGUUCGCCACAACACUUGCCAAUCACGAGGGUGGUCCGCUGGUCGAUUUUGAGAAGGUGGUUGACAUCUUCCAGUCUCAGGGAAUGAUCCAGCAAGCGACUGCCUUCCUUCUCGACGCUUUGAAGGAUAACAAGCCUGAGCACGGUGCCCUUCAGACUCGCCUGUUGGAGAUGAACCUUCUCAACGCCCCUCAGGUUGCCGACGCCAUUCUUGGCAACGACAUGUUCUCCCACUUCGACAAGGCGCACAUUGCGCAGCUCUGUGAGAGCGCAGGUCUUUUGCAGAAGGCCCUGGAGCUCUAUGAGGAUCCUGCGGCCGUCAAGCGGGUGAUUGUCAACAUCCCUGGAAUGCCCAACUACAACGCUGAGUGGUUGAUCGAGUAUUUCAAGGCGCUGUCUGUUGAACAGUCGCUUGACUGCCUGGACGCCAUGAUGAAGCACAACAUUCGCCAGAACCUUCAGACUGUCGUUCAGAUCGCAACCAAAUACGCGGAGCUCCUUGGCGCACAGCAGCUGAUUGACCUGUUUGAGAAGUACAAGACCUUUGAGGGUCUCUACUACUUCCUUGCCAGCAUCGUCAAUGUCACCGAGGACCCUGAGGUUGUGUUCAAGUACAUUGAGGCUGCCACCAAGAUGGGACAAAUCCGUGAGGUCGAACGUAUUUGCCGCGACAACAGCGUCUACAACCCCGAGAAGGUGAAGAACUUCCUCAAGGAGGCCAAGCUCACCGAGAUGCUUCCUUUGAUGGUUGUCUGCGAUCGCUUCAACUUCGUCCAUGACCUGGUUCUCUAUCUGUACCAGAACCAGCAGUUCAAGUCCAUUGAGAUCUACGUGCAGCAGGUCAACCCGAGCAGGACCCCUGGUGUCAUCGGAGGCCUCCUCGAUGUGGACUGCGAUGAAAGCAUCAUCAAGAAUCUCCUGAGCACUGUCAACCCCGCAUCUAUCCCUAUCGAUGAGCUGGUGCAGGAGGUUGAGACUCGCAACCGCCUCAAGCUUCUCUUGCCCUUCCUGGAGGCUACCCUGGCUGCCGGUAACACGCAGCAGGCUGUCUAUAACGCUCUCGCCAAGAUCUACAUUGACUCCAACAACAACCCUGAGAAGUUCCUCAAGGAGAACGAUCAGUAUGAUACUCUCACCGUCGGAAAGUACUGCGAGAAGCGAGAUCCCAACCUUGCCUACAUUGCCUACCGCAAGGGCCAAAAUGAUCUCGAGCUCGUGAACAUCACCAACGAGAACCAGAUGUAUAAGGCUCAGGCCAGGUAUCUUUUGGAGCGCGCUGAUAGGGAACUCUGGAUGUUUGUGCUCAGCGAGAACAACGUCCACCGUCGUUCUGUCGUUGACCAAGUCAUCUCGACCGCUGUUCCUGAGUCGACUGAUCCCGCCAAGGUUUCUGAGGCUGUUACAUGCUUCCUUAACGCCGACUUGCCUGGCGAGCUCAUCGAGUUGCUGGAGAAGAUUGUCCUGGAGCCGUCACCUUUCAGCGACAACCAGAACCUGCAGAACUUGCUCAUCUUCACUGCUGCUAAGGCCGACAAGGCGCGUGUGAUGGACUACAUCCACAGGCUCGACAACUUCGCCGCCGAUGAAAUUGCCGCUGUCUGUAUUGAGGUUGGCCUUCACGAGGAGGCUUUCGAGGUCUACAAGAAGAUCGACAACAAGGAGGCCGCUGUCAAUGUUCUUGUUGAGCACGUUGUCAGCAUUGACCGUGCUCAGGCAUACGCUGAGGAGGUUGAUAUUCCCCAGGUUUGGAGCAAGGUUGCCAAGGCUCAGCUCGAUGGUCUCCGCGUCAGCGAUUCCAUUGACUCCUAUAUCAAGGCCGAGGACCCGAAGAACUACGAGGAGGUGAUCGAAAUCGCCGUUGCUGCUGGGAAGAAUGAAGAGCUCAUCAAGUACCUCCGCAUGGCCCGCAAGACCCUGCGCGAGCCUGUUAUUGAUACAGCUCUUGCUUUCUGCUACGCCCGCCUGGAUCAGCUUCCUGAGCUUGAAGAGUUCCUUCGCGCUACCAACGUUGCCAACGUCGAGGAGUCCGGUGACAAGGCGUACGCUGAGGGCUUCUUUGAGGCGGCCAAGAUCUUCUACACCAGCAUCUCCAACUGGGCCAAGCUUGCCACCACCCUUGUCCACCUUUCCGAUUACCAGGCGGCUGUAGAUUGCGCCCGCAAGGCCAACAACAUCAAGGUCUGGAAGGAGGUCCAUGAGGCCUGCGUCAACAAGAAGGAGUUCCGUCUCGCUCAAAUUUGCGGUCUCAACCUCAUUGUCGAUGCCGAGCAACUCCAGGCUCUUGUCAAGCAGUACGAGGCAAACGGCUACUUUGACGAGCUUAUCAGCUUGCUCGAGCAGGGUCUUGGUUUGGAGCGCGCCCACAUGGGAAUGUUCACCGAGUUGGGUAUUGCUCUCUCCAAGUAUCACCCCGAGCGUCUUAUGGAGCACCUCAAGCUCUUCUGGAGCAGAAUGAACCUCCCCAAGAUGAUCCGCGCUUGCGAGGAAGCUAACUUGUGGCCUGAGCUGGUCUUCUGCUACUACCACUACGACGAGUUUGACAAUGCUGCUCUCGCCGUUAUGGAGCGCCCUGAGAACUCUUGGGAGCACCAGCAAUUCAAGGAGAUCACUGUCAAGGUGGCCAACCUUGAGAUCUACUACAAGGCCAUCAACUUCUACCUGGAGCAGCAUCCCUCUUUGCUCACCGACCUUCUCCAGGUAUUGACCCCGCGCAUCGAUGUCAACCGUGUUGUCCGCAUGUUCCAGAAGUCCGACAACUUGCCCCUCAUCAAGCCUUUCCUCCUCAGCGUCCAGUCUCAGAACAAGCGUACCGUUAACGACGCCAUCAACGAUCUUCUCAUUGAGGAGGAGGAUUACAAGACUCUCCGCGACUCUGUGAACAACUAUGACAACUACGACGCCGUGGAACUUGCUGGUCGUCUGGAGAAGCACGAUCUUGUCUUCUUCCGCCAGAUUGCUGCAAACAUCUACCGCAAGAACAAGCGCUGGGAGAAGUCCAUCAACCUUUCCAAGCAGGAUAAGCUUUGGAAGGAUGCGAUUGAGACGGCCGCUAUCUCUGGCAAGACCGAAGUCGUCGAGGAGCUUCUGCGCUACUUCGUCGACAUUGGCAACCGCGAGUGCUACGUUGGCAUGCUUUAUGCCUGCUACGAUCUUAUCAGGGCCGACCUUGUCCUCGAGCUUUCUUGGCGCAACGGUCUCCAUGACUUCACCAUGCCUUACAUGAUCAACAUGCUUUGCCAGCAGACCAAGGAGCUUGCUUCUCUGAAGGCCGACAACGAGGCUCGCAAGGCUAAGGAGCAGGAGAAGGAGAAGGUCGAGGACAACACGCCCAUUCUUGGCAACCGACUCAUGAUCACUGCCGGUCCCGGCCAGGCAUCACCGGCUCCUUACGGGCAGACCAAUGGUUUGCGCCGCAGCCUACCGGAUUUGGCUUCUAGAGGGCUGCCUUGGUGGCAGCCCCGUUAA